UAGAUCCCAUUGAAGAAGAAGAUGCAAAUUUGCUAUUUGGUUCAGUGCAAGAAGUACUGAAAGCAUCAGUUAUGGCUGAUGCAGAUAUUCUGUCAGAGACAUUUCAGCUUCUGAUAGACUCCGCCAAGGACUUCAGUAAGAGACUCUGGGGCUUAGUGCCAGUCGGCUUGUAUCUUCCGGCUCCUCCAUUAUUUUGUCCCCAGCCAGCUAUUCUUAGUGAAGAAGAUGGUGAUGAUCUUCUUUUAAAAGCUGAAAAAGAUAAUCGCCAAAAGGUGUCUGGAAUCCUACAGCGUGUUCUCUUGCUUUUCCGGGCAGCUCGAUGUUCUUUUCCUGUAGCACAGUGGUAUAUCUUGCAGUUGAGGUGGGCAAGAAAAGUCAUGCAGAAGAUUCGAAUGAAAGGGUCCCUUCCUUCGUUGAAUCCUUUCCCUCAGUCAUUACUUAAUUAUUGUAAAGGAGGUGUAGCAUUCUUUAUUCCUGGAGCAACUGGAGACCACAAGCUUGAUGAAGUUUCCAUUAGAGUAAUAGGUUGCUUCAGAGAACUUUGUGCUUUGUGUUGGAUGCUGCAUGUCCGUGAUAAGUUAUCCUAUAGUUGCAGGCAAUAUCAGAAAGCAAGAGAAAAUAGAAGGGGAGAAAAGGACUUCGAAGUGGAGUUUGAUUCUUGUGUGGUUGAGCACUGUCUCAGUACGGUGGAAUGGGCUUAUAGAAUGCUGCCUUUCUCUCGGUUUUUUAAUAUCGAAGAUCUUAUUCAGGAUGUAAUUUUGAGUCUUAUUGGAGAACUGCCACCAAUCAGACAGGUAGCAGAAAUUUUCGUGAAAGCAUUUCCCAAUCCUAAAGAUGUAAGGGUUCCUUUAAGAGAAAAAUAUCAUUCUCUUCAACAGAGACUCAGACACUGUGUUGUAAAAGGUCCCCAGACUGAGGAAAUGAUGUCUGGUAUCAUGCAUUCUAUCCAUAAAGUGAGGGCAAAAGCCCUAAAACGUGUGCGGAGAAAUAUAGGCUCUUUUGAGAUGAAUAUAUGGGAACCAAGUGAAGAAGAAAAACCAGAUGAGGCUCCAGGUUUUGACAGGUUUUCCUUGGGGACUAGUUUGAGCAGAAGUACACUCACAGAACUGGGAAAUUCUGUGGUUCACAGUGAUGCAGAUACAGCAGAUACAUUCUCUGAAGUUUUGUUGGUUGAAGAAACAAGUAGGACACAUUUCUAUCAAAGAAGUGCCCUAAAUCAUACGGAAUUAACAUUGAUUGGUAAGCACAGUGAUAAAAAGGAAAUAUGUCAUCAGAAAGAAAACCCUAAAAGGAAAGAAGAUCGUGAAAAGUUAUCACAAAGUACUCUUCCUAUAAUAGGUGUUUGGGAAUUUGAACGUGAUGAUGAUGAAUAUAUUAAAUUCCUUGAUCUCUUCUUGAGUUACGUUCUUGAAAAAGAUCUACAUAGUGCUAGGGAUCUUGGCAUUCCAUUUCUAACCAGCUUUUCUGGGCAGCUUAGAGAACAUGAGCUUAAUUCUUUACUUUUUGACGUACAUACAACAUUAAAACGACGUCAGGGCAAAACUAAAAGCCAAAAUGUGUUUAGAGCUGGCUCUUGCUUUGUUGCUGCUCCUGAGUCAUAUGAAUCUGAAAAAUCAUCCUCUUUAAAUGAAGGAUAUACCAUAAAUUUAGAAAACCAGACACUUUCAACUUCAGUAAUGUUUAACCAAGGGAUCACACCAUUUUUAGAGAACCCUUUGAAUGAAGUCCAUAAAAAUGAAGGAAAGAGUGGAUUGUUCGGUUUAAAACAAAAGUCAAUUUACAGAAUACAAGAUGACAAUCGAGAGAAACCUCUAAUCCAGAGAUCAUCAAAUAUUUUUUGGAGUCCCAAGUCCAUUAAAACUAGAAGAUGUAUUUUCAGAGCAAUUCAGUGCGAUGAUAUUAACCCUCAGGAAGAUCUUCCUGUAGCCCUAGAGAACACAUUUGGCAGUAUAGGAAGACUGCUGGAAUGGAUGAUAAGGUGGUCUGAUAGGAGACUGCUCUGUGAUUCUGGGAUAACUGAGUCAUUCUGUGAGUACAGUCCAGUACUUCGUGUAAAGACCUCUACAGCUGCCAUUCUUACAUCAUUAUGGCUUUUGGAACAACCCUAUUUUGCUCCAUAUAAGGCAAAAAAUGGCAUUAUUAAGGUAGUAGAGAAUCAUUACACCGGGUCUCAGAUUGUUCCCAGUAUUGAGAAGGAGCACAAAACAGAUGCUGGCUGUUUAGCUGCAGUAGCAAGUCAAGGUGGAACUGAGGAAAGAAAUGAUCAGAAUAAAUCUUGUCAAAGUAUCUUGAAUAGAAUGCCAACUGAAGCAAAAAAUCCUGAAGUAAGAGAAAUCAAUGAUGAGAUUAUUUCCAUCACUCAUAAUACUGAAAAAGAAUUUAUAGAUAUCAAUGAAGAUCUUUUAGAAGUAGAAACAUUUACACAGGAGGAAAUGGAUAUGCACAUAUCAGACUAUGAAGAAGACACCAAAGAACCUGUUGGAGGUCUCAAAAGUCCCAAUAUUGCCAUUUGUACACUGACUUUACCACAACAGUUAGAACAUUCCACAGAAGAAGUUCAGUGUCCAAGAGAAGAAACACUGGAGACAAAUAUGGAGAAAAAAUUGACUGAACAGAAAAGUAUGAUCGAAGCUGUUUCCAAUCCUGAACAUACCAUUCCUCAUUCAUUUUGUGUAGACACAAGUUCAGAAAUUUCUAGUGCACAGAUUUCUACAUUUAAAGACAAAUCUUCUUCAGUUCCACCUCUGGUAUCAAGUGGAGUCACUGUUGCUUCACAAACACCUGUUCCAAUACCUCAGAAGACCCAGAGAAAUGAACACAUGGCUCAAUUACCAGAUUCUUCAGAUUCUGUUAGGCAAAUGCUCCAAGAUGAAAUGUUUAAAUUAGUUCAGCUGCAACAGAUCAACUUCAUGAGCCUAAUGCAAGUAGUAGGAUCAUCCUUUGCUAAUAUCCCAGAUAUACAUCAACUUCUACAGCAGUCUCAGUCUGUGCAUUUGGGGGGAAGCCAAGUCUCAAACCCCCCAGGAAGAGGGUGUGGUGAUGUUGAAGACAGCAGCAGAAAUCUUAAGGAGCGAUUUUUCAUAAAACCACAGUCCAUGGGAGAGUAUGGCAGAGAGCCUGGCAAGAACAGCCCCCACUACCAUGAAGGAAUUAUCCAGUCUGAUCAAACUAGUAAUGGAAAUGUACAGAAUGUUCCAUGUGAGUCUACUCCUUUAUGUCAAUUAGAUGGCCAACCUAAAAAGAGAGGACUAACCCCAACAUCUCAAAACUCACCUCCCAUUUUGUUUUCUCCAGCUCCUGGAAAUACUCACCUCCACCUUUUGUCUACACCUUCUGUUGUUCAGAAGACACCUAUACUUAUCCCACGUGCAAAAACUUUUAGUCCUAGUGAUGGUUUUCCUUUGCUUCAAUUUCAGCCUAAGCGUGAAUUCAAGCCCCUUUGCUUACCUACAGGAAGAGUUCCACAAGUUCCCUUUAGGCCUCUGCCACAACCAAGAGAGGCUUGGGGAUUAUCUGUUUCCUGUCAGCCUGCUUUGCCACGGAAAGUAAUGCAUACUACUUCAAUAUCCCAUUUGAAUUUAAGCCAGUAUAAUACUGAAGUCAUAAAAAAAGCAGUCGAGCAGAAGAAAUGGGAAGAAAGUGUAAUUGCAGAAAUUCCUAAGCAUGUGAACUUGGAUCAGUAUAUUGGACAAGAAAACUGGACAACUCAACAGGACUCUUCAAUAUGUAUAAAACCAGAAAAAAAUUUUAAUAUUAAGCCAGGGCCCCUGGAGAUAUCUCCUCACAGUUCCUUUGGACUUCCAUUAUUGCACUUGCAAUUUAAACCUCCUUAUGUAUUUUCAUCAACCUCAAGCGCAUCAGUUACAGUUCCCUCAAUGCCUAUCAGAACUGUAGCAGAAGAAAGAAAAUACCCAAGACUAUCAUUACUUCAUUCAUGUCUGUCCCCAGAAAAUAUGUACAAAAAACUGCAACUUAUCCCACUUGAAAACCUCACUGCAUUUAAACAAAGACAACAGAAACUAACACCUAAUUUAUUUGAACAAGGUGAUUCUAGACACCUUCAACUACUAAAGGUCAAAACAGAGCCAUCUGAAGUAAGACAAGGAAAGGACAGUAAAAAAAGGCAGAGGAGAAGAGCAGAGAAAGAGUUGCAAGAAAAAAGAUCUGAGAAACUGAAGAGAAAACCAAGUGUGACUUUUCGACCAGAGGAUUCCAUCAUUAAUAAUGAAGAUUCAGAAAUCAUUAAUAAUGACAAUUCAGAAAUUAUUAAGAAACCCAAGGAACAACAAGAACAUUGUGGUUCCCAGCCUUUGGUUGACUUUGACAUUCCUUUUGAAAUGCUACAAGAUGACCUUAAUACUUCAGCUGGAUUGCAUUUCAUGGCCUCUAUAAAAAAGAAAGCUAUAGGAAGUCAGGAUGCCAGUACAAAUACAGACCCAGUACAAGAUAAGGAAGCUGCUUCUCAAGAAGUUGUUUCUGAAUGUGGUAAAAAUCAACAAAUCAUUUCUUGCACAGCAGAACACGAACCUUUGAAUGUUCCUCAGCUGUUGGAUCCAGAUGUAUAUCUAAAUCUCAAGCUUUCCACUGAAAUAUCAGAUAAACCUUUGUCACCUUCAACACCUCAUGCAGUAACAAAUUUGGUCGGACAUACUUAUAUAAAUGUAAUUGACAUUGAAGCUGAUGAUCUACAGGAAUUACCUGUCAGAGAAGAGCCUUCAAAUGAUAAUGUUAUCAAACAGCAAAGUGAUCAUCCAGAGGUUCCUUCGUCUGCAGAGUUACAUUAUAUGGCAGCUUCAGUUACUAAUGCUUUUCCUCAACACAAUUUUAAGAGUCAAGAAUCUGCCAAUUCUGCCAUGGAUUUAUUUUCUAUACCUGCAAAAGUGACUCCAGCCUAUCUGGAUGGAAAAAGCUGGAGAGCAGGCAUCACAGAUGUGAAGAAGCCUGGUGUCACCUCAUCAACACCAUCAGACAUACAGCAGGACAAAGGUCUGCCAAAACCAGAGUUCCAAUUCAAAGAGGAGAGAACAAAGACAGACUCUGCAGAAGAUUACCCGUUGUGGAAACUGCUGCAGGAUGUCUCUGCCACUUGCCCUGCACCAAGCCCUGCAGCUCGCCGACUAGAGCAUCUCACCUCUAAGCUUCAGAAAAUUGAUGAACAGCUGUCAACAAUACAGAACAUCGCUGAAAAUAUAGAGCAGGAUUUCCCCAGGCCUGAAAUGCUAUAUCUGCAUUGUGAUAAGGUUGGACGAACAGAUCACGUUGAAUUGUCUUCCGGCCCUGAAUUUGAAAAACCAUUAGCUUCAAAAACCAUUAGCAUUUCUGAAGAAGUACAAUUUUUGACUGUUAUGGAUGAUGAAGAUCAAAGUAACAAAGAGGAGACUUCAGAAGUUGAAUUUUCAGUAACACAGAAUCAUUCUAGUCGGAAAACCUGUAUGUUUCCUACUGCCAGUUCAGCUGUCAGCCUUUCCAGUGAGCAGAAUACUACUACGCCUGGUAUGAAUAACAGUGAUGAAUUAUUUGAGAGCGUUUCAGAAGAUCCACUCCAGAUGACUGGAUUGACUGAUAUUGCAGACAUUAUUGAUGACCUUAUAAGUAAAGAUGGAAUUUCCAGUGAGGAGCUUGGCUUAACAGAACAACAAGCUAGGAAUAUCUCCAGAAUUCAGCAUUCUUCUGGCAGACAUCCACAAAGAACUGAGAAGGAGAGAAGAGAGAUUCAAGUCUGGAUGAAAAGAAAACAAAAAGAAAGAAUGGCAGAGUAUCUAAAGCAGCUGGCAGAAAAGAGAGGGCAAGAACAUAAUCCUUUCUGCCCUAGAAGCAAUCCAUUUUACAUGACUUCAAGGGAAAUCAGACUGAGACAAAAGAGGAAGCAUGAAAAAGACAGAUUGCUGCUCUCUGAAAACUAUAGUCGUCGAAUCUCGCAAGCAUAUGGUCUGAUGAAUGAGCUGUUGUCUGAAUCAGUACAACUACCAACAGUUGCACCGAAACCAUUGCCUAACAAACCCAGCACUACUCAACCAUCCAGACGGCAACACUGCCCUUCUCCAAGAGGAGAGAAUCAACAUGGUCACAACUGUCCAUUAAAUCGACCUAGAAAAGUCAGAUAUAUAUCCAAACCAAGUUGUACCCGUAAGGGAAAACCUUUUGAGCAACCUCAAGGCUCACCUCGGUCAUGUGGUUCUCAUGCUCCAUGUCGAACUUGGCAGCAUACAAAAAAACAUGGACGUGCUGGGCUUGUACCUCAAACCAAGCAGGUGUGUAUAGAGUACGAGAGAGAGGAGACUGUGGUGAGUCCCUGGAUGUUGCCCUCAGAAAUCCAUAAGAUUCUUCAUGAGAGUCACAAUUCCCUUCUACAAGACUUGUCACCAACUGAAGAGGAAGAGCCAGAGCCUCCUUUUGGGGUGGGUGGCAUGGACAGCAUUUCUGAGAGCACCGGCAGCAUCCUCAGCAAGCUUGACUGGAAUGCCAUUGAAGACAUGGUGGCCAGUGUGUAGGACAAGAGCCUGUCUGUCCACUGUGCCCUAGACCUGUAAGACCUGGAUAUCAUUCUGUUUCCAGGCAGAGGCCAGCACCUCAGUAAUGUGGUUCUGAAAGAUUUGUGGUUUUGAGAGAGAGAGAGAAGCAAUGAAGGAAGCAAUGGGAAUUUACCACCUGUAGCCAUAUUAUUACCUGGAUUAGCCAUUUUAAGAGGGAAAAUAAACAUUUCUCAAUAACUCUGUCUUCAUGGGGAAAGGCUUAUUUAAUUAUAGAUGUAUAUAUGUUUUUGCAUUUGACUUAUCAUUAGGUAUAAUUUAAAAAGUGAUAACUACCUUUCAAGCCAACUGUACAUAUUUAAACUGCUUUCAAUAAAAACCUUGUAUCUCACCACCUCUUUUA